AUGACCACUCCCACAAAACUUAGGAAAAAAGCACCCUCCAUCAUCACGCAGUCCGACUUCCUGUCUCAAACUGCGGGCUUCACCAAUCGCUUUUCUAUGAGUAGCAUCGCUGCUCUUUAUACUUCACAGUUUGCGGAAGGCUUCAGCAAUAACGAACGGCAAGCAUCCAUCAGGGCCUCACUCAGGCAUGAUGCACACAUCGACGGUGCUCAUUAUUGGAUGAAAACAGCUGGUGGUCUUCAUCCGUCGUACAUUUCAUUCAACCCUGCUGUGGAACAGACAGAACAGAGGGUUCUUACUCAGGAUGACCUCUUAGAAGCAGCACUGCAAGACGUUUUCGAUGCAAUCACCAUGCAAGACCGUCUCGAUGGCGGCAUCUCCCUUCUGAUUCGUUGUGGUGGCAUUGAAGCCGGCCCCAACAUCUCACCAGAACAAGUGCCCAUCGACCUCUAUAUCACACCCCGCGAAUUGCAAGAAACAGGCCAGCGCAUCGGUGGAGACCUUGCUGUUUUGGUCCAGGCCUUCGCGCAGGAGUUCGCUGUUCCACAUCUCCAUCGUUUCAUGCAACGUUGCACUGCCGAGAAUGUGAAACCGCCUAAGCAUUUCCCUGCUACGCACAUCAGUCCAAAUGGGCCACAAUAUUUGCCAGCACCCAUGGUCGCUACUGGUGCUCGUAUCCAGUGUUCUGCACAAGCACCUCAUGUGUUUGCGAGUGCCUUGCAAGCUCUCUCGGAUGCAAAAGUGCCUAACACGUCAUCGGCUGCUAUACGCCACGGUGUAACAAGUGCCAUGCAACAUCAGAUUCGUCAACGGCGACCUGCGGAUGUAUUUCUUAGUAGCAGGAACCCCGGUGAUAGCUUAGUGGCUGGUCAAUCGGAUACUCUGCGUGGUGGUACUAAUUCGCUUGGGGAUGAGAUUUUGCCCAAGCUGCGAGUUUUAGCCAGCACCGUCCGUAGCAGCCGAUGGGAAUCUGUUUUCAGAUCUCCGAAGUGGGAUUUGUCCUACGAGCAAGCUUCCUUGUUGUCGAAGGCCCUUCUUGCUGACUUACAGGACGUACCACUCAACCAUGAUGUUGUCCAGUCACCAUCCGCACUAGCAGCUGUUCUCACUAGCAUCUUGAAGAUCCUUGGCAUUUUAGUUUUUUUAUGUGCGCUAUACUUUUUUGGGCUUUUAUUCCUGUAG